GCCCCAGGGAGGCGGGUGGCGAUGGUGCCCAGCAAGUGCCGGCCCGGCAGGGGCUCGCGGGCCGCGCCCGGCCCGUUUGACUUCAAGAUAAGUAAAGAACCCUCGUCUCUCCACAGCAGACUUUUGCAGCACGACCUGGAAAAAAGCUAUUCAGGAAGGCAAGGAGACCCGAGAAUGUUGAGCCCUUUGGUGCGCAAUAAGCAGCUGUAUCUUCCAGUGCCAUCCACCCUGACUGAGCUUUCUGGUUUGGAGUUCAAGCAAAGCACAGGUUCUUUAUCUGGAUUUGGGGAGUCUUCUAUACAUGCAAAACCCAGAUCCCGACAAAGCAGUCACAGUAUUAGUUCACAUGCUUCAGAUAGCGCAAAUUUUGGGAGCAGUUCAUCAAUAACAUUUCCUGUCUUGCAACGUACUGCUGAGGAAAAAAUACUGAACUCGGAUAGACUCACCCUGGAAAGGCAGAAGCUGACAGUGUGCCCAGUUAUCGAUGGAGAAGAUCACCUUCGCCUUUUGAAUUUCCAGCACAACUUUAUAACCCGGAUCCAGAAUAUUUCCAACCUGCAGCAUCUUGUUUUCUUAGAUUUGUAUGAUAACCAGAUCGAGGAAAUAAGCGGGCUUUCAACUCUGCGAUCCCUGAGAGUUCUUCUUUUGGGGAAGAACAGAAUAAAGAAGAUCUCAAAUCUGGAGAACCUGAAAAAUCUUGAUGUUUUGGAUCUUCAUGGAAAUCAGAUCUCUAGAAUAGAAAACAUCAACCAUUUGAGUGAACUGAGAGUGUUAAACCUCGCCAGAAACCUUCUGUCCAUUGUAGAAAAUCUCAACGGACUGGAUUCACUCACGGAGCUCAACCUUCGUCAUAAUCAAGUCUCUGCUAUAAAAGAUGUGGAUACUUUGCCCUGUCUCCAGCGUCUGUUCCUCAGCUUCAACAAUAUAUCUAGUUUUGAGGAUAUUCUGUGCCUUGCUGAUUCCUCAUCUUUGUCAGAUAUCACCCUUGAUGGCAAUCCAAUAGCUCAGGAGACAUGGUACAAACACACUGUUCUCCAUCAUAUGAUGCAGCUCCGACAGCUAGAUAUGAAGAGAAUCACAGAAGAGGAAAGACGCAUGGCAUCUGUUGCAGCUAGGAAAGAAGAAGAAAGGAAGCGUGAAAGUCAUAAACAGAGCUUGCUUAAGGAAAAGAAACGGUUAACAAUUUGUAAUAUUGCUCGCCAGUGGGAGAUACAGCAGAAUCGAAUAGAUCUUGUGGCUUCUUUAAACCAAGAUAAAGAUAACCAGCCUUGUCCGAUCAAUGGCAGUGCUGCAUAUGUAUUUCCUGAAGAAAGCAGGUCUCUUGAUACAAUAUUGAACAGUGCAGUUCAAGGCUUGUCUGUCCUUGAGUCUCAUCUGGUGGAACUGGAAGGAGACACUCUUUACUUGUAUGGUUCUGGAGCGCUGGAGUGCUUGGAUCGGAACUGGAGUGUUCAAACAGCUGGAACUGUUGUCACAGUCUCCUUUGUGUUCAUAGAAUAUGAUGAAAUUGUGCAAGUGUUAACAAAACUGAAGAUAAAAUUUCCUAAUUCUGUGCACCUGAAGUUCAAGGAGACGAAUCUUGUGACGCUGCAGCAGUUCAAUGCAUUAGCCCAGCUGCAUCGCAUCGAACAGUUAACAGUUGAUCCGCAGGGAAAUCCAGUUGUUAACUUUACUCUGUGGAAAUACUAUGUUCUCUUUAGAUUGAACCAUUUUAAUCUACAGAAGAUAAAUGGAAUUGAGGUUACUCAAGAUGAUGUUGUAAUGGCAGAAAGGCUCUUUGGCAUUCUGGCAUAUGUAGCAUCUUCUGAGCUGCCCCGUUAUCGCUUGCUUUCGUCAUUUGGAGAAUCUAGGAUGAAGCAAUUUAGUUACCUUCUGGAAGGAAAGGGAAAGAAAUCUGGGACUGGAAAUGAGGAAAGUAGUGAUAGUAGAAGAGCUGGGAGAGAAAGCUCUGCUCGAGCAACAUUGAAUUAUGUCACAAAGGACUUUCAUAUGGAAAAGCUUGAAGAAAUCAAGGAAAGAAAAACAUUUUGCCAAACAUAUGUCAAGAAUUUAGUGAGGGAAGCUGCUGACAUCCAUAUGAAAAAUGAGUCCUUGCAGAAGCUCUGGCCUCAAAUGUUCAUUGAACUUGUCAGAGAUGCAGUGAUCGAAAUACAUAAUUGGAAGAAGCACUGUAUGCAAAGAAAAGGCUUGUCCUUAAUGCUGCGUGAAGAGAUGGGAUGCAUCUUGCCCUUGCAAUCUAAAACGUUCCAUAGUCCACUGAUCAGAGAAAAUAAUAUAGCUGCAGAUAAGCCACCGAAGUGGAACAAAGAGAGGUGUGAUUCACUUGGUGCAAACCAAAAGCUGAUGCUGUCAGUUCUGAGGAAGAGAAGGUACUGGGAAGAGUUCUGUCAGAGCUCAGUAAAGUAAAACCAAUUUACUGACUGGGGCCAAGUGUUCAUUUUGAAAGCUGUUUUAUAUCUCUGAUCAACACUGCCUAGAAAAGCAGAGUAUCUUGUCUGCUACUACAGAUGGUUGUACUUAUAUGAUAGAAGUUACUUAAUAAUAAAGAUUAACCUAUUAAAACAGAUCAUCUGCAAAUUUAAGCAGUUGUACAAACAUUCUGCAGGUUUAAGACUUCUUUCUUUGUCAAAGCUGUCAGCUGUAAAAGUAACAAACAUUUGUGCUUCUUACUGCUAUUUUUUUAUCAUAGUGAUGUAACACAGCUGCUUUUUGUUAGGUAGUUUAAUUAAAGAAGCUGAAGCAAAUGCCUGCUGUUUCAUAUUAUUAAGCAAAAUGCACAAUAUAUAAUUUAGAUUGAGAAGUCAGUACUCACAUUGAAAAUCACAGUAAAACCACUUUGUUUAAAUUUGGAACAGCCUGCUUGAACAUUUCUGUGCUCAUAUCACACAAACUUCAUCUGGAAGUCCAACAUCAGUGCAAUUAUUUUCUCUUUGGUUUAAAUUGGAGCCACUGGUCUUUUAGGGAAUUAUGAAACUUUAAUGCUUUGUUACUCACAUGUAGAAGGAGGGGGAAAAGAUGAGAAGAGCUAUCACUUUGCUCUGUAGUGUGAUAAAGUUGCUUUCUCUCGCAAGUGAAUGUAAACUGACUUUUUGUGUAGAGAGGAUAGGUUACACGCACACCUCAGACACUUUUACAAAAGGCUCGUUAGUAUUUUCUUACGUGUAACUACAGACAUCGCUUCAGAGCUGGAUCUUCUUGUACAUGAGCUAAAAGAAACUGGGGGACUACUUAUAUAACCUAAGGAUCCAGUUUUGUUGGCUGGCUUUGCUUCUGUUAUCAGGAAGAAAGAUAAGCUUAUCUGGAGGAACUCUUUUCUUUGUCUACUGUGAUUUAAAAAACAAAAAACUUCCUCUGUAGGCUCUGUACUGUACUUCAUAUACUGUGCUUGCGUAUCAACGGCUGAAUGGGUGCCUCUGCUGGUCUAAAAUGUCAGGGAGACCUGGUGAAGAACUGAGAAAUCUUAAUGGGAGGAAAAACUUUCUCAAAGUCUAUAUCUCUAUGUUUAUUUCAGUUAUGGAUGGGUGGAUGCAUUGCAAAUGGAAACAUCGUUUACAAAAGUACACUGAGCACAGAACAGCAGAAAACUGCAGGUUAUGGUUUGUAAAUCAAAUCCAGCGUUGGAGAUAUCCACAACCCCAAUAAAUGUGUCUGUGCAAGGCAGCCCUGUAUUGUUAAGUACUGGCUGUGUUGAUUUGAUGAAACUUUUACUUGUAAAUAUUUAUUCCAAUGCUUUGGAAAACACAAAUUGAUAGCUUAAUGAUUGCUUGUUGGUUGUAAUGGUAUAAAAUAAUAUGGUAAAAGCAAAAUCAGGUUAAUUGAAGGCAAAAUCUGUUAAUUAAAGGCCUAAUACCACUUGUAUCUGUUGCCUUCCUAGUUAGGUGAGUGCUUCCAUGCUAAAAAGGAAAAUCUUGCGUGGGAUCAUUAUUAUAUAGUGCAUGCAUGCUCUGUCCAUCCCUUAUGUGAUUAUAGGUGUUUUAUAGGCAUCUAGUUUAAUGCUGCCUCCAUAAAUGUUACUUUCUAGUUUGAGACAAGCUGUUCCUUACACUCUAAUAUGUGCACCCCAAAAUUAGUGCAGCAAGCAGUACUUUGCUUUACAGGUCAGGAACUUUACGUGAACAUGGAACAGGCCAUAGACAUAUUCAUUCUUUCUGGAACACUGCACGGAUGACAUAAACAGCAGUAACCUUUUCAAAGGAUUGAGUAUGGUAACUUUAAAGAAUCAAGGUAACAAAAAGACUUCUGCUUUUAUGUUGAGCAUUUAACACAAGCACAGGGGGAGGUAGUCUGUAAUCAUGUCUUGUUUCCAUGUGUUCAUAGUAUACCAUUAGCGAAGAGAUUGUGAAGUUAAUUCACAUUACAAUUGUAGAGCAAUUGGAGCUAUGACUGUGAUGUUUGUAUUACAUGUGUGCAUAAUCUAGGCACUUUGCUGGGCUUUGCACGAUACUGAGGCACUUCACUGUCAGUGAAGGAAAUCAUUGCUACAAGUAGAGAAACCAUUACUUUCUAGUAAUAGUAAUAAUGAUA